UCCAAAGCAUACAAAACUACAUUCAAAUCUGAAAUCGCCUGAAUCAGUCAGAAGCUAUCCAUCGAGAUCGAUAGAUAUCGCAGAAACAAUAGCAAUCAUGGUGCAAAAUAGUUGUCACAACUUUCAAGGUUAGGGAAAAAUAAAUUUUUUGUAAAUAUGGGGGACGUAGCACGUGGGAAAAAUUUGUUCAUAAGGAUGUGCCAAAUGUGUCACACCAGUGACCCAAAUGGCAAACACAGAGUGGGCCCUAAUCUUUAUGGAGUUGUGGGCAAAACCUGUGGCUCUAAUCCAGGGUUCAACUACACCGAAUCAAUGAAGACAAAGGGCAUAGUGUGGAACGAGACCACUUUAAACACCUACUUGGAGUUCCCCAUGCAGUUCAUUCCUGGCACAAGAAUGAUAUUCAAUGGCGUCAGAAGAGAACAAGAUCGAAAGGAUAUAAUAGCUUAUUUAGCAACGUUGAAAUGAAAAUUCAAAUAACUUUUACGUGUGAAAUAUUCUGUACAGUCGAAAAAUGUGUUACAGUGUCGAAUGGAAGUAAACAAUUACGAUUAAAACUACCCAGGAAAGCCAUUUUUCUUUUCAGAGGCUCGUUUCUAU